UUACUGAUGUUAUUCUUUCAACAAGUUAACUCUAUUCGGAGCUCCAACAAGGCGCCCUCCUCUUGGUCAAUUGGUCAUGGCGGAUUCUGAUUACCCCAUCACAUGAGAAAGAAUACACUCUCCCUUUACCCAUAUUUAAUGGCUCAGAUUUUAAAAUCGAAUCUAUUACUAAGUCUCCUACUUCUACUUCUAUUACAACUAUCGUAUGGUACAUAUGUUUUUGGAUCGGUUGUUGAUCAAGAAGAAGAGUUUUCAGAAGAGUUGUUGUUAAAGCCAUUGCCGGAUCGGAAAGUUUUGUCUCAUUUUCACUUUGAAAGCAGAGCUCCUCCUUCUAACACUCAUGGCCGCCAUCAUCAUCUAUUUCCCAAAGCCAUUUCUCAGUUGGUUAAGAAAUUUCGAAUUAAGGAAAUGGAAUUAUCUUUCACUCAAGGACGGUGGAGAUAUGAACAGUGGGGUGGGUUUGAUCCCAUAUCAAGCAACAAUGCCAAGCCCCCAGGAGUUGAGUUAUGGGCUGUGUUUGAUGUUCCUCAAUCUCUAGUUGAUGCUUAUUGGAAGAAUUUAACCCACACACUUUCGGGUCUUUUCUGUGCUUCGAUUAACUUCCUUGAGUCUUCUACCGCUUAUUCUUCUCCUGAGUGGGCGUUUCGGCCAGCUUCUGGCAACCUAAGGUAUGGUACAUUGCCUCGUGAGGCUGUUUGCACAGAGAACCUUACUCCAUGGUUGAAGCUGCUUCCUUGUCGAGACAAGUCUGGUCUUUCAGCAUUAAUGGACAGACCGUCUGUUUACAGAGGCUUUUAUCAUGCUCAGAGGCUGCACUUGUUCUCAACUGAAUCUGAUUCUGAUGGGUUGGACUCAGGAAUUGUACUAGAACAAACACUUACAGUGGUUCUUCAGCCUAGUGGUUGGAAAAACGGUAAGAGUUAUGCUGGCAAGACUAAUAUGCAACCAAAUUGGUCUAUUAGUUCAAUUUUUGGGAGGAAAGUCCACGGAAAAUGUUUACUUGCCAAGUCUAGUAAUGUAUAUCUUCAACUUGAUGAGGGUCUAGUUUGUGAGCUGAAGAAUCUUCAAAAGGAAAAUGCUGAAUAUGGGAUCAAUAAUUUGGAAUCUGAACGUAGCUUUGAACUGUCUGUUAAUCCAGACAAGUUGUAUGAAGAAAUGGAUAGCUUGCAUGGCAAGGGCUCAUCUGUUAUGUAUAAGUAUUCAGUUGAGAAUUGCAGUGAUUCUCAACCAUUUGAUCUGGGUCUUUCAUGGAAAGUUCCUGUUGUUUGGUUUAAUCAACAAGCACCACUACGGGCUAGUAGGUUUUUAAUGGGAAGUGGGAAUGAAAGGGGUGCUAUUGCUAUCUACUUGAGAUCCGCAGAUAUAAGUGAGGGCGCACAGAGCAUUAAUGCUAUUGGCAAGGGAUGUGAGUUGCAAGUUGAUAUUUUCCAAGUUGUACCUUGGUAUAUUAAGGUGUACUUUCAUACUCUUCAAGUGUAUGUUAAUCAACAACCUAGGGCAGUGGCAGAAAUUGUAAAAAAGAUACACGUUUCACCUUCCAAAGAUAAGUUAUCUCCUGGGGUAAUGGAGAUGAUUCUGAAGCUUCCUUGUGGUGUUGAAUCAGCUGCAUUAACUUUAGAAUUUGACAAGGGUUUCUUGCACAUUGAUGAAUAUCCUCCUGAUGCCAAUCAAGGGUUCGACAUUCCUUCAGCAGUAGUAAGCUUUCCCCACUUCGAUGCAAGCAUGAAAUUUUCUCAGGACGAUUCUUCGAAAAAGUCACCUUUGCUGUCUAAAUUUCAGGAAAAGAGUCGUGUCCUUUCCUACACAGAAGUAUUACUUGUACCCUUGACGACUCCUGAUUUCAGCAUGCCUUACAAUGUCCUCACAAUCACGUGCACGGUAUUUGCGUUGUAUUUUGGAUCUCUGCUUAAUGUUCUUUGGAAACGUGCCGGUGAGGAGGAAAGAUUACUUAAAGCUGGCAAGAAAACUAGUCGGCUUUCUCAGCUGCUAUCUAAAUUGAUUGCUAAGCUUAGAGGGAGAUCACAGGAGCCAAAGCCACUGCCAUCUGCUUCAGCUCCAUCAUCCUUUGUUAGUCCUAAAGUAAUAUUCAAAAUCUUAUUAGUGGCUGGGAUUGCUGUUGCUUGGCAGCACUAUUUUGGAUGACUUGAUUAGUUAGUUAAUUGGGUAUUUCCAUGUACAAUAUGUGCAAUAGAAAACAAUACCAAACCGGAGAGAUUAGAAAAAUUAUAUUCUUCUACCAUUACCACGAAAAAAAGUUGCUCCAGAUUAUACUCAAUUUUGUAUUAUUUUCUGAGUCAUUUGCACUUUUUUUUUUUCCAUUAUGUUUUUAUUGUAUACGCUUUAAACUAGUUUUUGAAGAGUCAUCGGUUUGUUUUGUAAUGCUUUUCCAGUUUCAGAGAGUUUAGAUACACCCUUUUUAACUCAUUCUGGAAAUUAGUACUUGUGGUUGGUUUCUUUUGAAGCCCAUACCAUCGGUUAUCGGUAUG